CACUCAGAGCUCUUGACCGCUGGCCGCAGAUGAAGUGCAGUAUGGCGGAGCGACGCUGAAAUACAACAAACCUGUGCGAAAAACACCGGGAUAAGACCCCGAAACCCUGCCGAUUCCUCCCACGAUCCGACCGAUCUGCGAUUAUAACCACACGCGGACCCGCGGCUCGGUAAUCGCGCUCGCCGUUGACGGUGUUUCAGUCUCGUCGCGACACUUUAUGAUCCCAUAACAAGACAAACCAACGCAUCCUUCUUUCGUUUUCACCUUUGUUACGUUUAAAAUACGAGUCUUUAUUUAUUAUUUGACCAAGCAGUAAAACGAUGGAGAAAAAGCAACAUAAAUCAGACAGACAUCCUCACCAUCACCAGUCCUCCAGCAGCAGCAGCAGCAGCGGGGAGUCCGGCGGCAGCAGCCCGGCUCACGGGGCGCCCAAAGCGGCCAACGCCUUCGCCAACGACGGCAGCUUCAUGGAGCUGUUCAAGAAGAAGAUGGAGGAGGAGGAGAGGAGGAAGAGAGAGACCGAGGAGGAGGAGGAGAAGACGAAGAGCUCAGCUGCGGCAGGUCAAGCGCCUCAGGACCAGAAGCCGCUUGGCGUGAGCAGCUUUGUGGGCAAGCGGAGAGGAGGCGCGAGACUGGCGCUCAAGACCGGGAUGGUGGCCAAAAAACAGAAGCUCGACUCCGAGGUGGAGGCUGGGAAAGGAGACGCCUGGACUAAAUACAUGGCAGAAGUGAAAAAGUAUAAAGCGCAUCAGUGUGGAGACGAUGAUAAAACCAGACCGCUGGUCAAAUAGACUGAACUGCUUCCUUCACUGCCAUCACGCCGUCUGUUCCUUCAGCUCCUCGUAUCCAGGUCCAGUUUAUCCCGUGCGCCGUGAUGGAUGGAUUCUGCUUCUUUUUGAGCCGUUAUUGUUUAGUCCGUGGCAUUAGACCGAUCUCGUUCACCUUGCUGGUAUUUUGUACUCGACAUGUUUGGUGCUUGAAUGUCACCUGAUGAAGAUUGACGAUGACGAAUUAAACUCACCGUACCACCA